GCCUGUCCUGUCCUGUUGUCAUCCAUAGUCCUCAUAGCCACUCGUUCAUUCAGACUGAGACAGGGACCAGAGGUUCAUCCUGGAGUCAGUGGAGCACACAGCACUGCUCAACCUCAGCGCCAACAUGUUGUAUCUGGAGACGGGGACGCCCACGUCGUACAGCGAGUCACAGUAUACCAACCUGGGGCUGCUGAACAGCAUGGAUCAAAACAUCCAAAAUGGCGGCUCUACCUCCACCAGUCCCUACAACAACGACCAUGUCCAGAACAACGUGUCCGCUCCUUCACCCUACGCCCAGCCCAGCUCCACCUUCGACGCCAUGUCCCCCUCCCCGGCUAUCCCCUCCAACACAGACUACGCCGGGACACACACCUUCGACGUCUCCUUCCAGCAGUCCUCCACAGCCAAGUCUGCCACCUGGACGUACUCUACAGAACUGAAGAAGCUGUACUGUCAGAUCGCCAAGACGUGUCCCAUCCAGAUCAAGGUGCUGACCAACCCCCCGCAGGGCGCCGUCAUCAGAGCCAUGCCCGUUUACAAGAAGGCAGAGCACGUCACCGAGGUGGUCAAACGCUGCCCCAACCACGAGCUCAGCCGCGAGUUCAACGACGGUCAGAUAGCCCCUCCCAGUCACCUGAUCCGAGUGGAGGGUAACAACCACUCCCAGUAUCUGGAGGACUCCAUCACGGGCCGUCAGAGUGUCUUGGUCCCGUACGAGCCCCCUCAGGUGGGCACAGAGUUCACCACCAUCCUGUAUAACUUCAUGUGCAACUCCAGCUGUGUGGGAGGCAUGAACCGACGCCCCAUACUCAUCAUCGUCACCCUGGAAACCAGAGAAGGUCAGGUGCUGGGUCGGCGCUGCUUCGAGGCCAGGAUCUGUGCGUGUCCUGGCCGGGACCGCAAGGCGGACGAGGACAGCAUCCGCAAGCAGCACGUUACUGAUGGAACAAAGAGCAGUGAGGGUAUGAAACGCCCCUUCCGCCAGGCCCCCCAUGGAAUCCAGAUGUCCUCCGUCAAGAAGAGAAGAUCCACCGAUGAGGAAGUGUUUUGUCUGCCUAUUAAAGGCCGUGAAAUCUAUGAGAUUUUAGUAAAAAUCAAAGAGUCUCUGGAACUCAUGCAGUUUCUGCCUCAGCACACUGUAGAGUCAUACAGGCAACAGCAGCAGAACCUUCUGCAGAAACAAUGGGAUCUCUGGGGGGAUGAGAGUAAUGGCCUGUACCCUCCUCUCUCCUGCCCCAGGAGCGCCAUGGCCCCCCAGCCCCAGUAUGGCUCCAGCUCCCCUCCUCACCCCCACGGCAAGGUCAACAAGCUCCCCUCCGUCAGCCAGCUAAUCAACCCCCAGCAGCGCAAUAUACUCACACCUUCCUCCAUGCCCCAAGGCCUGACUGACAUGUCUCCGAUGAUGGGCCACAUGGCUAUGAACGCUGACAUGUCCACCCUGAGCCCCGCCCACAUCCUGCAGCCCCAGUUACCCAUGGUGCCCAGCUCCCACUGCACCCCCCCGCCUCCCUACCCCAUGGACAGCAGCAUCUCCAGCUUUCUCCUGCGGCUGGGCUGCGCAGCCUGUCUGGACUACUUCACAGCACAGGGCCUGACCAACAUCUACCAGAUCGAGAACUAUAACUUGGAGGACCUGUCCCGGCUGAAGAUCCCGCAGGAGUUCCAGCACGUCAUCUGGAAGGGCAUCAUGGAGCACCGGCAGAGCAUGGAGUUCUCCCCUCCUCCCCACAUCCUGCGUACCUCCAGCGGGGCCUCCGCCGUCAGCGUAGGGUCCUCCGAGGCCCGCGGCGAGCGUGUCAUCGACGCCGUGCGCUUCACCCUGCGCCAGACCAUCUCCUUCCCUCCGCGUGACGACUGGUCCGACUUCUCCUUCGACCUGGACUCCCGACGCAACAAGCAACAGCGCAUCAAAGAGGAGGGUGAAUAGAGAGAGACACUCUGGCCGGAGUGUGUCUCUCCAGUUGUCGGGG